UAAGUGGUAUAAACAAACCAGACAGCUGUUGAUUUCAAUGGAGUUUGGUGUUUACUAAAAGUUUUUAGUACUUUCCAAAUAAACUUUAGCAUUAUGAGUGCAUUAAAAUAUCAUAAAUCAAAUCGGUAUUGUUCUGUUCCUCAGUGCCAAUCAAGAUCAUCGGAAGAUAUUUCCCUGUUUCUCUUUCCUAAGCUGAAAAAGUUGCAGAAAAGAUGGACUGAUGUUUUAAAGAUCGGAAAGAAGGUAUCACCAUAUAUGUACGUUUGCAGUCUACAUUUCCUUAGCAGCGACUUAAUUUUGCCAGAUGUACCAACAAAGAGAAAAAGGCUGAAGAAAAAUGCUAUACCGUCCCAAAAUUUACCUCAAAGCUCUGUCAUCACAAAAACGAAUAACCCUGCUUUGGCACAAAUUAGGAUGGACAGAAUCCAAAGAAGAAAUAUGCAGAGGGAGAUAAUGUUGGAAAGUUCUGCUAGAAAUCAUCCAAGCACCUCAACAAUGGUACCAGAACCAGAACAAAUUCCAAUAGAAUUGGAGGAAGUUGAUACAAAAAUAAUAGAUGCAGAUGUUGCAAGAUGUUGCAGAUGUAGAUUGCAAUGUUUAACCAAUGAUGUUGAAAUUCAGACAACAGAAAUGGAAUUUAGAUUACAAAAUUUCAGUUUGCUAGACUUGCUCAGUAGCAAUAAACUCUUAAACGCAUUUACUGGUAUUCCAACUUUUCAGCUAUUAAAUGAUAUUGCUAAGUGUGUUGAAGUAGCUGAAGGUUUUUCAUACAAUAGUAAAAUACCAGUGCUUCAUCGUGUUGUGCUGACAAUGAUAAAGCUCAAACUGAAUAUUUCUUUUCUGUGCAUUUCAGCAUUUUUUAGUUUAAGUAAUACAGGUUGUAGAAAUUAUUUUAAAAAAACGUUAAUAUCUUUAAAAACAGUUCUGCAGUAUGUCAUUCGUUUUCCUGAGAAAGAGGAAAUAUUAGGCAGUUUACCUAAGUGUUUUGCAAAAUACAAGAACACUAGAGUAGUACUUGACUGCACUGAAAUUGUCAUUGAAAAAUUCAAGUGUCUGAAGUGUCGCAUCAGAAGUUAUUCCCAUUAUAAAGGAAAUAAUACGGUAAAAUUUUUAAUUGGAACUACUCCUUCUGGUAUGAUUUCCGUCAUCAGUAAAGGUUAUGGGGGUCGAACUUCAGAUAAAGCAAUUUUAGUGCAGUCAAAGUUACUAGAAAAAUGUAUACCAAAUGAGGAUGCACUUAUGGUGGAUAAAGGUUUUCAAAUUGAAGCAGAGUGUGCACAACAUAAAAUAGGGUUGAUAAGACCACCAUUUUUGAAAAAGAAGGCUCAGCUGUCCCAUUUAGAAGCUGUUGAAACUGCUAGUAUUGCAGCUGCUAGGGUCCAUAUUGAACGCUCUAUUCAGAGAAUCAAGCUAUUUAAGGUUUUUAAGGGCCCCAUUGGUCAAAAUUUAUUGCCAUAUGUUGAUGAUAUGAUGGUUAUUGUUGCUGCAGUUGUAAAUUUAACCAACCCAAUUUUACAUGAAGAUAAAUUUAUUCAUUCUUGUUAAAUGUUUUUUAUUAUUUCCUUCAAUUUUUUUCUGUAUUCAACUCUCAUCAUCAAUGGUGCUACAGCCCUACGAAAGAGCCUCGACCUUCCUAAGUCUAUUGCGCCAGUCAGUCCUAUCCAUUGCCAGUUUGCUGCACCUAUUAUAUAUCUACACCAUCCUUCCAUCUGAGUUUUGACCCUAUUUCUACAUUCCAUGGGUUGUGACAUAAGGAUUCUUCUAGGCUUGUUCUGCUGUGAUCUUGCUAGAUGUCCUGCCCAUCUUAGUUUUUCUAUUCUUAUAAGAGAUAUUAUAUCUUUACCACUAAAUAUAUGUUUAUAUCUGUGGUAUACCUCGUAGUUGUACCUACUCCUCCAAACACCCUUUUCACAGUUGCCACAGAAUAUUCCUCUCAGGAUCCUUCUUGCUUUCAUCUGCCUUGGACAUGGUCCAUGCCUCUGAUCCAUAUUAUGUCAACACUGGUCACUGGUUGUAUAAGGGUUUUGUAUAUGUUUAUUUUUGUUUUUUGGCUUAAGUUUCUGCUUCUCAUGUCUACUCAGUCCAAAAUAGCAUAUGUUUGCUAGGAUUAUCCUUCGCUUGAUUUCUUCCGUCAUCGUCCUCCUUGGUGAUCAGGGAGCCUAAGUAUGUGAAUUUGUCCACCACUUCAAAGGUAGAGUUAUCAACCGUGAAUUGGUGACCGAUGUUUCUGGCUAUAUUGUAGGGUGUUGAUGCCAUCAUCUUAGUUUUCUCCUCGUUUACCUGCAAGCCCAUCUUUUUUGAGGCAUUUGAGAAGAUGGUAUACAUUUCUUCUAGCUUGCGUGUUGUGGCAACUAGGUCCACGUCAUGUAUUUAACUCUCAAGGAAUACAAAUUUCAUACAGGAGUGUAUUUAAAGAUAAAUAACUAAACCUUAGGUUUGAUUUGCUUUAUAUUUAAAUAUGUUUUAACGUAGUCUUGGUUUUUUUAUGUUUGUAACAUUUAAUUGUGGCUGUAUUAACCUAUAACCACUGACAUGCAGUAUGCUAUGCCUCAUCGAAAAUAUAUUUUGUUUUAAAACUUGUUUAAUAAAAGAUUCCGUAGAACACUAUCUGUGUACCUUGAAGUGGUGUGUAAUUAUAGCUCCUCUCAACUGCUGUAGGUUUAGUAGUUGUAGUCUUUCAGCUACGUUGAUGUAAAGUUUUCUGGCGGUAUCACAUACUACAUGUCAGUGUAUACGCUUCUAUAGUUAAAAGUCCAUUUAGUAUGUUUUCAAUAUUAUAAUGGCAGCAAGUUCGUCCAGUUAUUCUACUUUCAGGUACUUAAAACAUUGUUUUACUAUUUGUUAGUGAACAAUACGCGUUUUUUGUAAAUCAGUUUAUAAAGAUUUUAUAAGAGCCUCCACAAUUUUUUUAAUAUUGUGCAAUUUUCUUGGAAAAAUAAAGUUUAUUUUAUUUGGA